UUGAUCGCUCUCAGUCGGAUAAGCACUCCGGUUCAACAACACAGUCAUAUCACUUUAGAUUCUAGUACCGAAGCGAAUCCAAUUCAGUCCACGUCAAACUCAACAUCCCAAUUACUUAUUGCCGCUUCAUUGAGUCCUCCACCGGAUCAACAUACUCAGCGUUACAGUUGUCCGGAUUGUGGAAAGAGUUACGCAACCUCAUCCAAUCUGAGCCGACAUAAACAGACCCACCGUAGCCUGGACAGCCAAGCCGCACGAAAAUGCCCCCAUUGCGGUAAAACUUACGUCUCUAUGCCCGCCUUAUCCAUGCAUAUCCUUACACACGAUCUGAAGCAUCGAUGUGAUUUGUGCGGCAAAGCGUUCAGUCGACCGUGGCUUCUACAAGGUCACCGUCGAGCCCACACUGGAGAGAAACCCUACGGAUGUGCCCAUUGUGGUCGAGCGUUCGCCGAUCGAUCCAACCUACGUGCGCAUAUGCAGACACAUUCCGGGAUGAAACAAUACGAAUGUAAACGAUGCCACAAAAACUUCGCACUGAAAUCUUAUUUAAACAAACAUUUGGAAUCUGCAUGUUUAGACAAAUCCGAUUCUGUCGGUACUGAGCACAGUCCCGUAGAAUCUCAUAUGAAUAACGGAUUCGGAACAGUUUUAGAGUGGAAUGCAGCUUCCGUGGAGCCCGCUCAAGAGGUCCGUACCAGUGCACGUACCGUAGCAUGGAGUGUGACACAACUGAUAGAUAAUUGA